AUGACAAACCCGUCAGGAUCCUCCGGUGACCUAACGGAACCACCGAGCACCGCAAAUAAAAAACGAAAAACUACCACCGCAGAGGAGAGACCAGCUAGGAGGGCGUUGAGUUGUACAGAAUGUAAGAGGAGGAAGACCAAGUGCUCAGCACUGGGCAAGACUCCCUGUGACUCAUGCAUACGUAGAGGGAAGCCUGAUGAUUGUCGAUGGGAAGGAAUGGAGAGUGAGCUUCGUGAAGCUGGACGGGCUCAUACUUCCUCCAAGGAUAUCGACCAGAUAUCUGCCUUCAAAGAGCAGAUUAAUCGGCUCGAAAAGCUCAUCGACACCCUGGGCGACAACCUCCCAUCACAAUCCCAGGCCUCUCAAGCACCAACAUCUGCUCAUCAGGACGGGAUAACCUCAGGUAAUAGUCUAGAAUCAGCAGCUAUCGAUCUAGAACAUCUCAUUGUUGGACCAGGCAUCCGUCCAGGAAUAACAGAGACUCUGGGAUCACCAUCCAAGCAGGCUCAAAGACCGCAGACACCUUCUUCGUUCCCACUGUCCUCUUUAUUCAGCAGUGCCUCUUUCGAUCCGGAUCUCAUCACCGUUCUUCCACAACUACUGCCCAAUUCACCAAUAUCGCAAAUACUAGCAGAGGUCUUCUUUGAUGGUCCCAUAAAUUCCUCAUGGCAUGCUAUCGCCCGUCCAGCUUUCGAAAUACAGUUGCGCCAAUAUAGUACUUUGACAUUAGAUAAAUUGGAGCUGGAAUUGGACCCGUUAUGGUUCGCUUUAUAUUUGAUGGUCUUAGCCAUGGCCGUCAAAUUCGCCACCCCAAGUGGGACACAUCCAGGUAUCGAUUCUUUACAUACUGUUCCUCUUCAACAAUCCAGCGUUGCCCUCCGACACCUCGAUAGUGCCAUCACUACCGCCCAGUGGCUAGGACUGGAUAGCUUGAAGGAUUCGUUAUCAUUUUCCGCUGCGGAUGACCCGGCGGUGUCCGUUUUACCGCCUAGACAUAAGGUCGAAAUCUGCAAACAACUGUAUCACCUGUUGAAGUUUAUGGAUGGUACAAUCUUCAAACGACCCGGCCUAUGGAGGCUGGCAAGUAACGACGGCGCAUCCCUUCCGUCCAACAAUGAUGAUCAAGAUUAUGAACAUUCUGAUAGGCCGUUGGAGAAAUCUAUUACCGUGAUGACUGAAGCCAGCUUAUCAAGGAUCGGAAGCACUCUUGUAAAUACCAUCAGGAGCUUCACCUCGAACAAGAUCAUGUCUCUUCAUCAAGUAAUCACGUACGAUACUGCUCUGGAAAAGCUUUUAGAUCUCAUCCCGUUCGUAGCGGAUGCACAGACAAGCUGGAUGAUGAGGACUUUGCAUUGCAGUAUACUCUAUAGGUUGAUUCGUCUACAUCGACCCACACUUCUGCGCGGAUAUCAGUCACCCGAAUGGAGAUUUUCGAGUAACGCUUGCGUGAGUAGUGCAAAGUCGCUCUUGAGAGUACAAGAAGCAAUGGCCGCAUACCCGCAUCUCAGACCUUCCUUCAUCAAGCGAUGGAUCAUGGGCUCAGCAAUCGUCUUGGCCGUUCAUUCCAUCGUGCAGGACCUUACCUUCGAAGAUGUCAUCUAUGAAUCUCAGCGGAUCUGUAUUGGCACAUUUACCGAAUUAUUACCGCCUAUAAUGGCUUUACUGAAUACCGCGGACGAAUUUCGGCGGGCUGCAAAUGCGGGAGGUGAUAGAUACAAUCUGGAUGUCGAUCACUUUUUCAAAGAAGUUCGGAAGAGAUUAUCUCCAACCGGGAACGACGAUGAUCAGCAAAAUCAGCAGAAUGGAUCAAGCACUAUGUUCGACUUCAAUUUCAAUCUGGAUUUAGACCCCAACUCUAUGCUCCCAAAUUUCGACUUCUCAUUCCUACAAGAUAACCCUACUGAUUCCACUGGUACUUGGGAGAACAUGGAGUGGGGCUUGAUAUAA